AUGGUAGUAAGACAGUUGGAGAGCAAAGUCCAUCCACAGUUCCUCCUCCCCAGCAUCCUUUUGUACAGGUGGUAUAUAGAUAUCGUAAUUUUUUGGAGGACAGUGACAGAUUUGAAGGCCUUUGUCAAUACUAUUAAUGAUAAUUCCUACGGGUUGACCCUGGAAGUGGAACAAGCUAAUCCCUUAGAGGUCCACUUCCUGGACAUAAAUGAUAGAGUGGAGGAGUCACACAUCCGCAUCUCUGUAUUCCAUAAACCAGAGUCCUUGGCUAUUUUAAGGGCCCUACACUACAUAAAGAAGGAACAAAGAACCUUUAAGAACAAGGCUGUAUACAUUUUCACUGAUAGCAAGGUAGCCCUGCACCAGAUACAAAAUCUUAAUGUCAACCUCCCCAUUAUAAGGGAUACUAUCAACGCCCUCAACCACCUCAAUGGAUCCACAGUCAUCGCCCUCGCCUGGACUAAAGGGCACUCAGGCAACAGGGGGAACGAUCGUGCAGACUUCCUUGCCAAAAAGGCUACACAUAACCUUGAUACCAGCGCAUACUCAAAAGUGCCUUACAGUUGGAUGGCAAAUCAGCUGCUCAGCUAUAUUUACCAACAAUGGCAAAGAAAUUGGGACAGCAGCAGCACUGGGAGGACAACCUACUGCUUCUUUCCCCUGCUGGCAAACAGGGCAAGAUUUGACCACUUCACCCCCUCUUAUGAACUCACGCAAAUCAUGACGGGCCACGGAAACUUUAAAGGUUAUCUGGCCCAUUUCCUCGGCAAAGGGAAUGGACAAUGCCAUUGCUCGCUUAAUGAAUGGGAUGACAGCGACCACUUGCUGUUCCACUGCCCUCUGUACGAGAACAAACGAAGACAACUGAUACAAGCUGUGAUGCAGGAGAACGAAGUGUGGCCAUGUCCGGCAAGUCUUCUUCUCAGCAACAAAGACAUUUUCACAAAAUUCAAUGAAUUUAUUCGCCAAAUUAAGGUGCUCAGCUAA